UGCGCCUGCAUAGAGCUGAAGCGCAGACAGCGCUAUGAGAGACAAGAGAGAGAAAAACACCCCUUAUCUGUAGAGAAAGGCUGAAAAAAGUUCACUCGUUUCGCACAAAAUUCCUUCUACGACUCACUCAGGUCACAUAUCGUACCGUGUUUCUAUGUCUGUGAUGCGGAGUGUCUGAGAGGAUGGCUUGUUUGGAGCCUGAGGUCUGUUAGUCAUUAUUUCCAGUCACUCUGACGGUUGCGUCUCUGAGCUUGAGCCCAGGGAUGACAUGGAAACACAACCUGCUGAUCUCUGAACACAAGUUUUGUCUUGGUUUUGUGUGUAGGCCGAGCAGUGAGCUAAAUCAGGGACGUGGAAGGGUGAAAGCAGGCCAUGUCGCGGGUUCCCACACCCCCUCCCCCAGGGGAAAUGACAUCCGGACCUGUGGCAGAAAGCUGGUGUUAUACACAGGUGAAAGUCGUGAAGUUUUCAUACAUGUGGACGAUUAACAACUUCAGCUUCUGUCGGGAGGAGAUGGGAGAAGCCGUAAGGAGCUCGACCUUCUCCUCAGGCCCCAACGACAAGAUGAAAUGGUGUUUGCGAGUGAACCCAAAGGGACUGGAUGAUGAGAGUAAAGAUUAUCUCUCUCUGUACUUAUUGCUUGUCAGUUGCCCAAAAAGUGAAGUGAGAGCAAAGUUCAAGUUUUCUUUACUGAACGCCAAAAGAGAAGAAACUAAAGCCAUGGAAAGCCAAAGAGCCUACCGCUUCGUCCAGGGAAAAGACUGGGGCUUCAAGAAGUUCAUCAGGAGAGAUUUCUUGCUGGACGAAGCUAACGGACUUCUUCCUGACGACAAGCUCACUCUGUUCUGUGAGGUAAGUGUGGUCCAGGACUCUGUUAACAUCUCUGGCCAGUCGAACACAAACAUGCUGAAGGUUCCGGAGUGUCAGCUUUCUGACGACCUGGGUAACCUGUGGGAAGGCUCCAGGUUCACAGACUGCAGCUUGUUCGUGGGAGGGCAAGAGUUCAAAGCGCACAAAUCCAUACUGGCAGCGAGGUCGCCAGUAUUCAAUGCUAUGUUUGAACACAAAAUGGAGGAGAGUAAAAAAAACCGUGUGGACAUCAGCGAUGUGGAACCGGAUGUUUUUAGGGAAAUGAUGGUAUUUAUUUACACUGGUAAAGCUCCUAACCUAGAGAAAAUGGCCGACAACCUGUUAGCUGCUGCAGACAAGUAUGCUCUGGAAAGAUUGAAGGUUUUAUGUGAGGAGGCUCUCUGUAACAGUUUAUCUGUAGAGAAUGUGGCUGACAUCCUCAUUCUGGCUGACCUGCACAGAGCAGAGCAGCUUAAAGCACAAGCCAUAGACUUCAUUAAUAGAUGCAGUGUUCUUAGACAGCUGGGCUGUAAAGAUGGGAAGAACUGGAAUAGCAAUCAUGCUGCAGACAUAAUGGAGACUGCAGGUUGGAAAGCAAUGAUUCAGUCCCAUCCUCACUUAGUGGCCGAGGCUUUCCGGGCUCUUGCUUCAGCCCAGUGUACCCCAUUCGGUCUGCCUAGGAAACGGCUAAAACAGUCCUGACCUUUGCCCUCACAGACUGCUUAGAACAAAACGCAUGAGGAGGCAACUACUGCACCGAGCCCUACUUCCCCCUCCCUCUUCACUAGCCCGUCGCCCUUACCAGAGACUGGAUAGAGGAGCUAGUUCAAACCACAGUGCUCAAGAAGAAAUGGACUUCGCCAUGCUGUUUACUCUGGACGUCAUUUGAAAAAUGGCCUUAAAGGAUCUGCCCCUCCGCACCUUUGUGUCUCUACGUGUAACUACGUGCCUGCUGCGACUGAUCCAGACCUGUCUGGAUUGCACUAGCUCCCACAUAAUGCAGUAGUUUUAACAUGGUGGUGUUUAGGACCUUAUAUGUUACAUGUUCUUGAGGGGGAGGGUUGCAUUAGCCCUUCUUGUGAACUUGUGGUCUGACGUUU